CUGAAGCAUUCUAGUGCGGUAGCAUUCCGCGCGUAGACUCCGCAUAAAUACGCGCAUGCGUGACCUCCGCACCAGUGGGGGCCUCUUGAUAGCCACGCUCGUCCGCGAGAUACAGUCACAUUGGGCUCAGUCGGCCCGCGCUCGGCGCUCUCCUUCGAUCGAACGCGCGCCGAAAGCUGUGUGGCGGUUGAUUUCUGGGGGUAUAUUGGGAUUUCCGGGCGCAUUAGGAACCCCGCGUGUAUUGGAAUCCUUGCGCCCAGUGAUAUCUGCGCGCGUGUUGACUUCCGCGCAAACGCCCCCUCCAAUGGUGGAUAAGCGCAAGGCGGAGGGGGAAGCGGAGGCGGAACACAAAAAGUCAAAGGGGGAAGCGGCGGUGGCGGGGGAAGAGAGCUCCGCGGGCGCUGGGGGAAGCGCUGGCGCUGGCGCAGGGGAGGCAGGGGGAGGGGCAGGCGCGGGAAUGGGGCCGUCAGCAGGGUUUAAGGUUUUGAAAGAAGGGGCAGCAGAGAUCUUAGUACAGGGUAACGACGUGUUCUAUAACAAGGCACAGGUAGUUAAUCGCGACCUGUCGAUCUCCGUGCUCCGCGCUUUCGUCGCGGUUAGGGGGGAGGAGGCGAAUCAGCGAGCCGCGGCUGUAGCGCGCGGGGUGAAAGGGCGGGCGUAUCUUAAACACCCCAAUGCGGAUCUUGCGGCGGCUGCUGCGGCGGCGGCUGCGGGGAAGCUGAGAGGCGCGGAGAAAGGGGAAACCGCGGGGAAAGGGGAAGGCGCGGAAAAUGGGGAAGCGGGGGAGGGGAAGGGAGAACAGACGGAGGUGAAGGAGGGAGAGGGAAGAGAUGCGCAGGAGACGGAGGAGAAGAGCGGAGAGAAGGGGGGCGCUGCUGCUGCAACCGAUGCAGCAGCAGAAGCACAAGCGGGACAACAGCCGCCGCCGCCGCAGCAGCAGGCGAAUCUGCGUGAAGGGAAGCCUUUGCGGAUUCUAGAGCGGCGUCGGGGCUGCGGUCGAUCCGGUACGCCAAGGAGAUCCCCGGAGUGGGCUCUGUGGUGGCUCUGGACAACGACCCUGUGGCCGUGCAGGCGUGCCAGCGCAACGUGCUGCACAACUUUGGCGCUGCACCAGCGAGAGACGCUGCUGCUGCUGAGGGCGGGGAGGGCAAGGAGGAUGGGAAGGAGGGGGGGGGAGGAGGAGGGGAAGGGGGGGAAAGGAUGGGAGGGUGAGGGGGCGAGAGAGGGAGAGGAGCCGGCACGUGUGAAAGCGGAGCAGGGGGAUGCGCGAGUGUACAUGAUACUGCAUGAGAGGGAGUUUGAUGCGGUGGACCUGGACCCAUACGGGUCGCCCUCUGUCUUUUUGGACGGCGCCGUGCAGGCCGUGGCGGAUGGGGGCAUGCUGCUGGUGACAGCCACCGACAUGGCUGUGCUGUGCGGCAACAACGCCGAGGUCUGCUACUCCAAGUACGGGGGCUAUCCACACCGCGCCAAGUAUUGUCACGAGAUGGCCAUCCGCAUACUGCUGGCCUCCAUCGAGAGCGCAGCCAACCGCUUCAAGCGCCACAUAGUGCCGGUGCUGUCCGUGUCCGUUGACUUCUACGUCCGUGUCUUCGUGCGCGUCUUCACAUCAGCCCAGGCUGUUAAAGCGACGCCAAGCAAGCUGGCGUAUGUCUUCCAGUGCUCCGGGUGUGACUCCUACCACCUGCAACCUGUUGGCCGGGUUGUGGAUGGACGGGCUAAGAAACCAGACGCCCCUCCCCCUCCCCCCAGGUACCUCCCCGGCUUAGGCCCGGUGAUUCCCCCCGCCUGUGAGCACUGCGGGCGGCAUCUGAGCAUCGGGGGGCCCAUGUGGUCCGCGCCGAUCCACGACGCCAGCUGGGUUCGGCUGAUUCUGGGGGAGGUGCAAGCGGGGAAGGCGAAGCUGGCUGGGUUUGGCAAGGUGCAUGGGCUGCUGACUGCCGUGUCUGAGGAGCUGCAUGACAUCCCGCUGUACAUCGACCUGCAUGAGAUCAGCGCCACGCUCAAGUGCACGCCCCCCAGCAUGCUGCUGUUCCGGUCCGCGCUGGUCAACGCAGGCCACCGCGUGUCAGGCGCGCACUCCAACCCGCUGGGCAUCAAGACAGACGCUCCCUUGGGGCUGAUCUGGGAUGUCAUGCGAUGCUGGAUCCGUGACCAUCCAGUCAAGUCGCAGGGGGAGGGUAGCCCAGCAGACACUAUUCUCGCCAAGCCGCCCACCAUCGAGGCCAACUUCGCAAAAGCGCCCAAGGCUUUGAGCAAGGCACAGCAGAAGGGAGUGGCUCGCUUUGUGCCGAACCCAGAGGCGUACUGGGGGCCUAAACCACGUGCUGGGAGGAAGGAUGCCACUGCCAUGGCUGUGCUGGCGAGGGAAGCUGGGGCAGAGGGGAAGGACCAGACGGGGCAGGCGGAUGGGAAGGGGGAUGCGACGGCUGAGUGAUGUGCUGGUUUGACGUGAUGGUUAUGAUGCAGUGCUUGUGCCUAGGGGCUUGUGAUGAGGCGAUGGUUGGGCGGUGACGGGCUAUGGUCCUAUGGAUCAUGAUGCAAGCUUGAGUGAUGUUGAUAUAUUGCUUACCAUACCUAACAUCAUCGUCUAGGGUAGGAGAAGGUGUUCCCUUAAAUCCUCGUUCGAAGGGCAUGUUCCACACAUUUAGGAGUUGUUGC